AUGCUUGAGGCACUAAUGCAAAUUCUAUAUAAUGGUCCAAAGCUAAAGGAAUGCACAAGUGUUGUGAAGGAGUCAGUUCAACAGUGGUUAAAGAAGCCUAGAAGAAGGCUGGCCGAGAAGACUGCAACUUGUAAUCGUAACACCUCUACAGUCUCAACGAGUGAUGCUGCAGUUCGAGUGGAGAUUUCUGAAGAUGAAGAGCCAGAGAAUAUUGAUGACAGCAAAGUGGUUCAGAUUGAGGAGGAAGGUCAGCUUCAGCUUGAGGUUAAUACUGCUAUUACAGUGAUGAAACUAGCAGAUGGUGGAGACAGCGACUCAGAUAGUGCUUUUGAGUCGGACAACGAUUAUGACUAA